AUGCCGUACACGGUUUCGAACAUCUACUUGAUUUGCGGGUUUGCCGCCAUUGGUGGCGGCCUGUUCGGUUUCGAUAUCAGCUCUAUGAGCGGUGUCCUCGGGACUCAGGCUUAUAUCCGAUACUUUGACAACCCUGUCUCAUACCGUCAGGGAGGCAUUACUGCCUCUAUGCCUGCUGGUUCUCUUGUGGGAUCACUUCUAAGCUCCUUCAUUGCCGACAGGUGGUCUAGGAAGGUUGCCAUUCAGGUUUCCUGUGUCAUCUGGAUCAUCGGCUCUAUUAUCCAAUGCGCCGCUCAAAAUGUUGGCAUGCUCUGUGCAGGCCGAGUCAUUGCCGGACUCUGUGUCGGCAUUGCUUCCGCCAUCGUCCCCGUCUACCAGUCUGAGAUCGCGCCCAAGGAAAUUCGAGGCCGUGUGGUCUCUCUCCAGCAGUGGGCCAUCACUUGGGGUAUCCUGAUUCAAUUCUUCAUCCAGUACGGUGCGGCUCAAGUGGGCGGCGGCUCCAACGAUCCCAACCAGCCCACGUCGGCUUUCCGCAUCCCCUGGGGUGUCCAGAUGGUCCCCGCUUUCAUUCUCCUGGUUGGUCUGUUCUUUUUCCCUUACAGCCCGCGCUGGCUGGCGUCCAAGGAUCGGUGGGAGGAUGCCAUCAAGGUGCUUGCGCAUUUGCAUGGCAACGGCGAUGUCAACCAUCCCAAAGUGCUCGCCGAGUACCAGGAAAUCGAAGACGCCCUGCGUUUCGAGCGUGAAGAAGCCGUUUCCAGUUUCGCGGCUCUCGUCAAGCCCCGCAUCUUCAGGCGGGUUGUCCUAGGCAUGAGUAUCCAGAUGUGGUCACAGCUUUGUGGUAGGUACUACAUUGUUUACAUAAUGCAAGGUGCGAACAUCGCCUCGCCCCUCGCAACUGCAUCGAUCCAAUACGUCAUCAACGUUGUUCUUACUUUACCUGCCAUCCUCUACCUCGACAAGUUUGGACGUCGCCCCGCCUUGAUCGUCGGCUCCUUCUUAAUGAUGACUUUCCUGUUUAUUUCAGGUGCCCUUCAAGCCGUCCAUGGCCAGCCCAACGUCCCGCCAAUCAGGAAUGAGGAGAACUCGGCCAUCACCUGGAUUGUGUACAACAAGAAGUCCGUUUCGUCGGGCAUCGUGGCCUGCUCCUACCUCUUUGUUGCCACCUUCGCCACGACCUGGGGUCCCACCUCCUGGACUUAUCCAGCCGAGAUCUUCCCCAGUAAGGUACGAGCGAAGGCCGUCUCGCUCUCGACCGCGGCCAACUGGUUCUGGAACAUGAUUCUUGCAUUUGGUGUCCCACCCCUGCUGUGGAACAUCAACUGGAAAAUGUACAUGAUCUUUGCCGCUUUCAACGGCGCCGCGUUCAUUCACAUGUCCCUGCUCGCUCCCGAGACCAAAGGGUACACUCUCGAGGAAAUGGAUGAUGUGUUUGACUCUGGACGCCCCGCUUGGAAGACGCAUAAGAAGGAGAGUCGACUCGAUCAGCUGGCUAAGGAUAUCGAGGCGGGAAAUGUUAAGAUUGAUGUGCCAGUUGGUGAUCGCGGUGCGGCUGCUGCGGCUACCCCGGCGGCGACGACGUCCGAGAAGGAGAUGGAGACGGAGACCAAGGCUCAGUAG